AUGUCUUUCCUAGCCGUCCCACUCCUCAAACUGGGCUACUCCCAAGCCAAAAAACACAAAGCCAAGAAAGAUCUCCAAAAAUACCAAAACCAAAACGCCGGCGCCUACCCCCCAAACUACCAAGCGGAGCAACACCCAAUGAGCGGGUACCCAGCAGGCGCCACGCCCGGCACAACCCUACACUUCGAGUCUCCCCCACAAGAACAAAGCAAAGGCGCCAAACUCACCUUCAUGUUCUUCUCUGGAGUCCGAUUCCUCCAAUUCGUCUUCGGCCUAACCGUUAUCGGCCUGUACGGCAAAGACGUGCACCACGACCACUCAGAGAAACACACCUGGCACUCGAAAUGGGUGUACGCGCUCAUCACAGCCUUCCUGGCAACCGUAACUGCCGCCGUACAUCUCAUUCUGCCGUUCGUGAUGCGAAAAGCUAAGCCCGGUGCGGGGCCAGGCCCCGCCCUGCUGCUGCCGCAGUUUGUGUGGGAGUUUGUUGUUACCGUGCUGUGGUUGACGCUCUUUGGCAUCUUUGGGAAGAUGUAUAUUGGUGUUCAUCCUGUGGAGAGUUCGAGUGCGAAGACCGAUGCGGCUACGUCGGCGCUUGGUGAUGCGUCGAAGAUUAAUCGUAUGCGCCAUGCUGUGUGGAUUGAUAUUAUUAACUUGGCGUUCUGGGUUAUGACUGCUUCUUGGGUUUUGAUGCGCUGGUUGAAGAGUCGCAGGUCGACUGUUUCUGAGCGUGGGUUUGAUGCUGAGAAGGGUGAGCAGAUUUAG